AUGGCCGCUCCCAAAAGCACUACAGGCACCCGCCUGACCCAAAUCAAGGACUUUCUGACCAUGAACAAGACUGCGAGUCUGUCCAUGCCUUUUGAUCCAGACUCAACCAUCUUUCCUACUCGCAAAGAGUUACCCAACAUUCCUGGUGCACCAGAAGGAGCUGCAUGGGUAUGGGGUGAGAAUGACAACAUUGGUCGUCUCAAUCUAUUGACUCCUACGAGAGUUGCUGCUGCUGGAAAGGAGAUUAAGAGUGGUGAGAUUGUGCCCGUCAACCUACCUCUCAACACUCCAGAGGUUCCUGCCUUCCAUCGCGAGCAGUUCAAGCAUGAAAUCAAGACGCUUGCAGAAGACGUUGCCUACGAUGACUGCUACCAUCUGAACACGCAGUCGGGUACACAGUUUGAUGGCUUCCGUCAUUUUGCACAUAUCCCUUCUGGCACAUUCUACAACAAUACCAAAGGAUCUGACAUCGUCGGACCCAAUGCUAACCACAAGUGUUCAAUUCAUCAUUGGGCUGUACAUGGUAUCGCUGGACGCGGCAUUCUUCUCGACUACCGUGGAUAUGCUCACCGUAAAGGCAUCAACUAUGACCCUUACGAGUACUACCCCAUCUCAUUCGAGGAACUCAAGCACUGUGCUGCAGACCAAGGCAUUGACAUUCGUCCGGCCGCUGAGGGUGGAGAUAUCAAGAUUGGGGACAUCUUGUUUGUACGCACCGGUUGGGUCGAGGCUUAUCACAGCAAGUCACCCGCUGAACGCAACGAACUGGCUGUCAGACCACACGCUCUAGGCAAGGAUGAUGGACAAAGAUUUGCUGGACUGAGUCAGGAGGAGCGUAUGAUUGACUGGCUGCACGAUUCCUACUUCUCAGCUGUCGCUGGCGAUGCUCCUGCAUUCGAAGCAUGGCCAACACAUGAAGAAUACCAUCUCCAUGAGUACAUCCUCGCACUCUGGGGCAUGCCUCUGGGCGAGAUGUUGGAUCUGGAGAAGCUAUCGCAGACAUGUCGUGAGAAGAACAGAUGGACCUUCUUCUUUACUGCUGCUCCAGCCAAUGUGCAAGGUGGUGUAAGCACACAUGUCAAUGGCACUGCGAUCUUUUAGUCUGCAACUUUCUCGGUGCGAGAACAUGAUUGACCUGCUUGGUAUGAGGUUUGGGUUAUCAAGGAUGAUGAGCGGGAAGUGUUUGGCAAGCAGGGGGUCUGCAGUUGCACAAAUUCAUAAACCCUAUCAAUCUCAUC